AGUCUCGCGAGAGCGCGGCCGCUGCGGCAAGAGCGGCGCCGGGCGGCCGCCGCCACCCGCGACGCGACGCGUGGGGCCGGUGCUCUCUGACGCAGCUCCCGGCUGCUUUCCCUCAUCUCUGCAGAGCGGGGAGGCUGACAGUGUGCCAGCAUGGCAGAAAAAGCCAACAACUUCCCUCCGCUGCCCCGCUUCAUCCCCCUGAAGCCAUGUUUCUACCAGGACUUCGAGGCUGAGAUCCCGCCGCAGCACCGCACCAUGGCCAAGCGGCUCUACUACCUCUGGAUGCUGAACAGCAUCACCUUGGCGGUGAAUCUCGUUGGCUGCCUCGCAUGGCUGAUUGGAGGCGGCGGAGCUGUUAAUUUGGGACUGGCAAUUCUCUGGCUCAUUCUCUUUACGCCCUGCUCCUAUGUCUGCUGGUUUAGACCUAUUUACAAAGCUUUCAAGACAGACAGCUCCUUCAGCUUCAUGGCCUUCUUCUUCACCUUCAUGGCCCAGCUGGUGAUCAGCAUCAUCCAGGCCGUGGGGAUUCCUGGCUGGGGUGUCUGCGGCUGGAUUGCAGCAAUCUCCUUCUUUGGGACCAAUGUGGGGUCAGCUGUGGUGAUGCUGAUCCCCACCAUCCUGUUCACAGGGAUGGCAGUCUUCUCCUUCAUCGCCCUCACUAUGGUGCACAAGUUCUACCGGGGGAGUGGUGGGAGCUUCAGCAAAGCACAGGAGGAGUGGACCACGGGAGCCUGGAAGAACCCGCACGUGCAGCAGGCAGCGCAGAACGCGGCCAUGGGGGCUGCACAGGGGGCCAUGAUGCAGCACGAGACGCAGUACUCGGCCACCCCCAACUACACCUACUCCAAUGAGAUGUGAGCGGCGGGGCUGCGGCCUCGGGAAGAAGCACUGGGGGGGAAAGAGGAGGAGGAGGAGGAGGAAGGCUGAGCUGAGUUCCUGCAGCUGUUUCAGAAAGCUGGAGUGUACCAUAAUCUUCUUUCCCUGUUCUUUGUAACAGAAUCUGUCUUUUCUUUUUUUUCCUUUUCCCCAUCGUCACCUUGAGCUCUUCUUUUCUCCCUCUUUCAUUUCUCACGUUGAAGAGGCUGUGAAUUGACCUGCAGGAUUCCCAUUGUGCGUGGUAGUACGUGUAUGUUCCUGUAUUCUUCUUUUCCCUGUGAAAUAGUGCACGGUGGUGGUUUAUUAUUACUGUGGUGAUAGGUGUGUUAGACCUACAUCAGCCAAAAGCCCCCCCAAAAGGGAAAGAUUAAAAAAUAGUGACCAGCACCCAUCUCCUCUCUAAAUAAGAGCUGAACUACAGGUUUCUGAUGUGAGUUUUCUUUCACUUGGUAGCGUCCAGCCAUUUGCCAGUGUCUCAGCAAGGGCAAGCAAUCCUGGGAAUUCUCCUUUUCUACUUUCUAAUUAGAAGGUGGCUAUUUUAGCCAUUAAAAAAAAUGGCUGAUAUAGCAGAUUAAGGGAAAAAAAAAGAAAGAAAGAAAAAGAGGAGGAAAACCCCUUCAAUCCCGCUGUUGACAUGCUGGAAGCCAAGAGAUUCCUAACCCACCCCCUGGCUCAGGAUCUCCACCUUCUCUCAGUGCGUGGUGUUGUAAAUGCGUAGUUUACAUUUUGCGGUAUUAUUUUGGCGUGGCUGCAGAUGAGAGCUGUGGCACGCUCUGUGUGUGUGUGUGUGUUGGGAAGUGAGGACAGGUUUUCCCUGUGGGGUGUGACUUUGCAUCCUGAACCUGUUUUUUUUCUUUUUUUUUUCUAAAGGCUUCUGUUCUGAAACUGUAAAACUGGCGGAGUAUUUCUUGCAGGACCUAUUCUUGGUCAAACCUUGCUUCCUUGUGCAAUUAGCCCCACUGAUUCUGGAAACAGGAAGCCUGAGAUGUGUCCCUGUUGGUUUUUGGGGCACGUGCUAACUUGCAGCUCCUUGUGGAAGCUCUGGGCUGGUGGGAGCAAUUCCUUCUUGCUCCCGCUCCUAUAAAGUGUGGAGAAACCUAGCUGCAUAGCUCCAUUGGGCUCCCAUGCAAGGAUGGCACCUCCUGGUCCACCAGCCCCAAAAUCUGGCCCCGUUUGGGGAGGUUGGGCUUCCAGCAAGGCUCUUGCAGGUUAGUAGAAGGCAGCAGAGCUCCAUUUGUAAAAGGGAGCGGAUGGGCACUGCGGGGCAGGAGGAGGGAAAGCUCCUUCUCAGAGAUGCUUUUCAGACUCUACAUGCACUUUAAACAGGCCGUUUUUCCUUUAAGUCAUAGAAAAGCAGCCCAAAGGGAACGCAGCCUCUCUGCUCCCCGUUCCACCUGCCCUACAGGUGUCAAAACAAAGAUGCUGGCAUCUGUGCAGCAGUGCCAGGAUGUGAAACUUGCCCAUGGGAAUUGCACCAAACUUGAAUUUGUUCCUUUUUUUGCAGCCAAGCACACCAAGAAUGGUUUCUUUGCUAAGGAUAUCACUUCAGCUGUUUGGCAGUAGGCAGUUGUCUCUUGACAAGACUAAAAUGCAGCUAAUGAUGAAACGCCUGUCUGCGUGUAUGUGUGUAUAUAUAUGUAUAAACUGUAAGGAGAAAAGUAAUCCUCUGCUGAGCCUAUUAUGUACUUAAUCAGGUUUAAAUAUUGUGCAAUUCAUUUCCAGCUAACCUAAAACUUACUCUGCCAAAUCACGUGCUCUGUCAUCCGUGUCUGCGAAAUGAUGAAUGGAGUGACUUCACCUUCUAUUAAGCCGCAUAAACGAUAACUGUAACGAGCUGUAACUAACAGGCAUUGCUUCAGCAC